AUGGCGGCAGCUCUGCAGGCCUCCCGUGCCGUUCAGCGAGUCUCACCCCGCUCGCCCGCACCCGCGCGGCGGUUGCUACUACUGCUGCUGCUCGUGGCGCUACUGCUGCUCGUGCGCGGGAGCAGAGGCGGCGCGGGGCGGGGGGAGGAGCGGCGGGAAGGGAAAGCGGAAGAGAAGGAGGAUGAUGAGGAGGAGGAGGCGCGGCGCGCAACGAUAGGGCUGUUGGCGCACGGGUGGAACGACGUGCGCGAGUGGCGCGCGGGGCUGGUGAAGGGCGUGGAGUACGUCAAAAUCGACUUCUCCUGGAUGCCGCCCGCAAGAUGCAAACUGCAGGUGCGGCCCCCCUCUCAGAUGCGCCCUGCAGGUGGGACGAGGGGCGAGGGGCGAGGGCGAAAGGGGGAUUCUUCCCCCGUUCUGCUCCCCGCCCUCUCCUUACCGUCCCCCCCUACUUCCAUCCUUGCGCCUCCCACCUUCCGCACUCUCAUCGCAUCAUCCCUCCUCUCUCCUUUCUCCCCCUACCGCACCCCUUUCUCCCCCUACCGCACCCCUUUCUCCCCCUACCGCACCCCUUUCUCCCCCUACCUCACCCCUUCUCCAUCCCUCCAUCCCUUCUUCUCUCCGCCCUCCUCUGCCUUCGCUUGCAUCACAGGUGGGGCAGCGAUGGCAGUACAAUCCACAUGGCUGCUUCGGAUUGGUGCACUCGCUGACCUGUGCCCCAAGAACCGUCCACUCCUCUGCACCACCAAUCACACCCGUGCUGCCAUGUCUGCUCAUGUCGCCAGUCAUGACAUGCCACGUGGCGACGUUGCUGAAGAGAAGGCCAUCAGAAUGCACCACGUGGUGCCACGUGGCAGCAGCUCAAGGGUUCUGAGAGUGAUGGCACGUGGUACAGACUUAUCCAGUAAAAACAGCACCACCAAUGCAGGCGCAUCUGGUGCAUCUGGGACAGGUGUAUCUGAGACAGGUGCAUCCGAGACAGGUGCAUCGGGAGCAUCUGCAGCAAGCGGGGCAAGGCGGGGGGGGGACGGCAUACGGUGGGGGGACGAGGCAGUGCGGCAGUGGAUGAGGCUGUUUGACGACUUCUUCCUGCGCGCCAAUGCCGCCCUGCACGAGCUCCACCUCAGCGUGGAGUUCUUCCUCAACGACAUGGGCGGGAAGUGUGUGGCGCAGCGGUGGCGGCCGUGGGUGAUAGCAUGGGACGACAACGACCUUACCAGCCGCCCCGCCACCACCAACGACCCCCGUGAUGCCUCCGACCGCUUCCAGGUGCUCAACCAUGACGCCACAUUCACCUGGUGGGCGGCAGCAGCGCAGCAGCAGUUCAUGAAGUUCAAGGACUCGCCCUAUGCCCUCGUGCUCUAUGAGCCUCAGGACGAGAGGGCCUUCAGUAUGUUCUCCGAUGUGUACCUGUCAGCCAACCUCACCCACACGCCCGGAUUCCGCUUCGCCUCCAACAUCGACCCCAUCAUGUUCCGCCUCUUCACCGCACCCUCCUCCCACCUCGCCACCCACACCCCCUACGCCGAUGACGUCUCCUCGCCCCCUCCCCCCUUCUCUCGCCCUGCCGUGGCCGUCAUUCCACUGCCGGCCAAUACCACGAGAUAUUCUAUGGCCCGAGAUCCCACCUCCUCCUCCACCUCCACUUCCUCCUCCUCCUCCAACCCCCCCUCCCCUCCCUCCUUUGCCAUCCUAACCAUCCAUUGGCUACCAGGCAGCCCACUCAGCCCGCCCUCUUCUCCUGUCUACACUGUUCAGAUCGCCCCGUCCCUCCCUGCCACCCACCCACCUGAAACAAUAAUCAGCAGCACCGCACUGCCGGGCGGGGAACUUCUGUCUGCUUGUGAGGUGGAAAGAGAAAAGGGCGGUAGACCUAAUGGCAAGGGGAAAGGGGAGACUCAAACUGAGCAGGUGGCAUCUGAGCAGGUGGGGUCUGGGCGGGUGGCAUCUGUAAGUGUGCUAGACCUGCCCCACGGCAUGGAAUUGGAGGUUGGAAAUGGCACGUUCGGGGGAGGAGUGGGGGGAGGAAGAGAUGGGGGCGGAGGUGGAGAUGAGACGGGGGAGGGAAGGGGAAGCAGGGAUAGGAGGAGGGUUGGUGUGGACGGGGUUGUGCUGGUAGCCAGUGACGCAUGUGGCGGCCAUAUCCUCCUGUGGUUCGCUUAUAACUCGCUAGCUCUCAGCCUUAUAUCGAGGAUAGACCUUGCAGAACGCAUGCCGCAGCAGGCUGGCAGUAGCAAGCAGCUUUCCUCAGUUGCCUGGAGCACUGUAGCGCUGGAAAGACCUGCUUCUAACGAGGAUGGGGAGAUGAGCGGUAAACACCAGCAGCAGCAGCAAGGGAAGAGCCCAAAGCAUGGGGAGGAUGAGGGGAGGGGAGUGGAUGGGUCUGAAGUGGUGAUGGUGGGGGUAGAGGCGUACAUUCCAAGUGAGAAUCACCUUUUCAAUGACUCCACGGCAGCAAGUGGUGGAGAUGGGCAGAGGGCGGACGAAGAAGCAAGCAGGCACAGCAAGGGUCGGAGGGAGAGGGGGAGCAGGGAGGUGCAAUCAUGUGGGCUUAUGGGUCGGCUGCUCCUCUGCUCUCUGCCUCCCCUCCCUGCUCAUCACGCUUCCAACUCCCCAGUGGAUAAUCACCACACCAGUGCUUUCAGCACCGCAUGUGCGUCUGUUGGCCGUCCCUUCUGCCUCUGCCUCCCCACGCUCUCCCUCCUGCACGCCACACAGCAGUUGGCCAAGCUGAGCAAGGAGGAUGAUAAGGCAGAGUCAGUGGCAGUGGCAGCGGGAGUGCGAGUGGGAGUGGAAGAAGCAUCGCCAGAGGCAGUGGCAGUGGCAGUGGCAGAGGCAGACAGUGACCCCCCUGAGCCACCCUCUCGUUUCGAGGUGGUGGUUACCCCACCGCCUCAUGCCAACCCCAUGCCCUUUGCCCGGGGCUCCAUGCCAGCUGUCGGCAUGGCAUUGGUUGCGGGGAAGCGGGUUGCGGGUGAGGAGAGGGAGAGGGGGAAGGAGAGGGAGGCAGGGGAAGCGCGCGUGCUGCUGUUGCACACGGACGCCUUCUGCUGGAAUUCCUUCGCCCGCCACGACACGCCUCUCGGCUCCCCUCAGGUGUGUGACCUGCCACGCACCAUAUUCGGGGCGUCUCAACCAGGCAUCCUGGCAUACACCUACGGCCGCCUCUCCACCCUCCACUCCCGCCUCUCCGCCGCACACGCCUCCUCCAUCUCCUCACCAUCCACCACAACCACCAACUCACCGCCAUCCAACGCCAUGGUGGCAUCAGCAUGCGACAGCGCUCUCCUGCACGGCACGUACGAUCAGGGCGUCGGGGCUCCCGCCGCCGCCCUGCUGCUGCUCCCCCGUGCCAGCACCCGCACCCACCACACAGGGGAGAGGACAGGAGCGGAGAGGGAGGAGGGAGAGGAGGAGCAGGGGGAGGAACGCAGGGAGGAGGGGAAGGAGGGGGAGGAGGAGGGGGGGGUGGUGGCAGUGGCAGUGGCGGUGCACAAGGGCCUGGCGAGAGGGGGCCUCAACAACUGUGGAGACCCCUUGCCUGCGCCGGGACUGGUGCUGGAUGUGUGGGACAUGCCGCCACUGCUGGACUGA